AUGGGUCCACAACCGGACUCUAACGAGCUCCCGCAGAGCACCGGGCAGGCCAACUUGUCGUGCCAAGAGUGUCGGAGGCGUAAAAUCAAAUGCGACCGCCAGUUGCCAACCUGUGUCGCCUGUACAAGCUAUACAAUCCCCUGUGUAUAUCCGGCGGGCCCGUUGAAGCCGGGCCCCAAGCCAGGCGCCUUUCGUCGAUCGAAGAAACGAAGACUGGAGGCGAGUCAUCCACCAACCACGACGGACAUGAGAUUCCGCACCACACUGCCCCAGCAGGAUCAGACCCCAGAUCUGGGACCAUCGUUAGCGACCUCUCUCCCCGGCAAGCUCGCCAGCCUGGAUGGCAAUGUCCCGUCGACGCCAGGCGGCGCCAUGCGUGCCUCCGACGAACCGAGUGGCCCGUCCAUUGCCAGUCAAAGUCCAGAGCAGAGCUCCUUUCUCACCCACCGACGACUGUCCUGGCUGGUGCAUCCAAAUCAUGAACCAACACUCAAUCUGUCAGACCGUGCGGAAGAGUCGACGGGGGAGCCCUCGAUGGACCAAGUCUCGCCUUUUUCCAUCCCAGUGAGCCUCAUGGAUCAGAUAUGUCACACUCUCCAGACAGAUGAGCGCGACAUUCAUCACCUCAUCGCGCUGUAUUUUGAAAACAUGCUGUCCUUUACCCUGUUCACCCCCCACCUGCUGGGGCUGAAAUUGCAAACGGGAUCACCAUCGCAGGUUAUUGCGUUACUGGCAGCUAUGUUCUCCUUUUCCGCUCGCUUUCGAUGGGAAUGCCCUAGGGUCAAUGGAGAGGCGGGGGCCGCUGAGCAGCAGACAACAUGGCCUGCGGCAAAGGACUUUUACCUCAUUGCUAAGAGGUCCGUGGACCGGGAACUCAUGGACCUCCGAUCUCCCCCUCCAUUACUGGUGGUGCAAUCCAUGCUCUUGUUGACGUUCUAUGAUCUCGUCGAGAGUGCCGAAGGGAGAGGUUGGAGAUCCGUCGGUUCACUGGUCCGCAUCGCCUACGAGCUCCGGCUGCAUCUGGUGGAUGGGAAUGCCAGCGACCCAGCAAAUGAUCAUCCCGAUCUGUGGCAUGCAAAAGAGGAACGACGUCGAACCUGGUGGGCGAUAUGGGAGCUGGAUGCUUUCUCUAGUACUGUCCGUCGACUCCCCUCUGCCAUUGACUGGAAUCAAAACUGGACCUGGCUCCCCGUGGAUGAUGAAUCCUGGCUGCAAAAAACACCCAGACCGAGCUGCUACUUAGUGGCCGAUCCCAUGGAAAGGUUCAAAGCACUUCAGCGGUGUAAUAACCAAUCCGCAAAGGCUUGGUUUAUCGUCGCCAAUUCGUUGAUGCGAACGGCCUAUUGUAUUGCGAACUCUCAGGAAUACUUCUGGACUCCUCCUUCUUUCCAUCCUCCGCAUCCCGGCCGACCGCCGCUACCCCAGCAAGAAAUGUCGGCGCAGAUCAGGAAAGCUCAACAGAUUUUAAGUAACUCCUUGUAUUGCUUCUCGGUAGCCCUGCCGCGACAUUUGAGAUAUCGGGGCCAGCAUCUCUUCAGCAAUGUCGUCUCGGCACCGCAAAGUACUAGGAAAUGUGAUUCAGAUAUUUACAGCAUCCAUACGAUGGUCAAGCUUACGGACUUUAUGCUUAGCGAUUCCAAUGGGUUGGGAACGGCGUCCCGACCAGCUGAGCCAGGGGCAUCAUUCCCCACCCAAUCCGAAUCUUUGCUCAAUCCCGAAGACCAACAAGCCCGUGAGCUGGAACAGAUCUUGGCCAGAAAUAUCUCCAUGGCGGAGGCGGUAUUGUCGCUGGUCCGUAGCAGCGGCCCCGACCAUGUUCACCUCGUGAACCCAUUCCUGGCCAGUACCAUUUGGCUUGCCGCGGCGGUAUUUCUUGCUUACAGGUAUCUGGGGAUUCCAACGAAGAGUUCCCAGGAACGACUUCUCGUGGAAUCCAAGAUAGAUCUCUUAAAAACAAUUUUUCGCCAAUUUGUUCAGUGGUGGGGUAUGUCGGAUAUUCUGGAAAGCAAACUGUCUGAACUGGAGACGGAGCUGCUAUGUAUGCGGAAGAUCGGAAGGGCCGCCAUAGAGGACUUGCAACAACAUGCUGCAGGUAAAGCAGGCCAAGUACACGGCUUGCCGUCGAUUGAUACGCAUCCAGAUACUCUUCCUUCGCCCGAGAAUAGCGAUGAACCCGCAAUCCCGUAUGGAAUGUCGUUGCAUGCUACGAGCCAAAUGGCCAACACCGGAAACCCCCCUGGCAACGCGGAUGCUUUGGACGGCAACCCAAUUCUCAGCCUUAUGCAGGACCGGGGAUCGUCCUUCUCAACAUAUGACACGGGCUCAGGUCUCUUCGACGGUGAUUUCUUCUACAACCUCGAGUUUCAAGGAUUUUUGGACGGCAUGUUUGCUACAUUCCAAGGGCAGGACGUAUGGAAAUAG